GGCUAGUGAACUAUGUGAAGUGAAAAUUAAGUGUGAUUCUUUAUCCCGCCCGUCACCACUUGAACAGUUAUUAAAAGACAAGAACACUUACAAACCUAUCUAUAAAUACAUUAAAAAUACUAUUAAAACAAUUUAAAAGUGUAGUGAAGUGAUAAAGUUUCAAUGUAAUAAAAUAUGACUUGUCUUAAAGGUCUUAGUUACCAGGUCAUUAAAUUAAAAAAAAAUACGACAGGAAACUGACUGUCCCCUCAUCCCCUGUUCCUGUGUUCCUGAAAUCUGCUGAAAUCCAUGAAAAUUCUAGUCGUCGUGUGGCUGUGUGGUGGUUUUAGUUUUUAAAAUAGUGUGCUAUGUAACUAAUGAACAAUCAGUGAUUUAACGAAGUUAUUUUGUGGUGCGGUGCAUCACCAUGAAGAAUUAAUAAAAAUAAAAUCACCUACCUUCAUCACCUCUCGGUUACCUACCAGUAAUAUCAAAAUGGCAGAGAACAAGGAUGAGACAGCUGCCGGCCUCAUGAACUAUUUUCCAAAUGAAAUCUUAGAAAGCAUUUUCGUGUACUUAUCAUCGCAGGACCUGGUUCGCUGCCGAACAGUAUGCUCUAGAUGGAGAGGGGUCGUUGACCAUCUAUGCACAGUAUCCACCAACCAGCACAUCUGGCAUAAGUGCUGUAAAGAUAAAUUCCCGAAUGUUUAUACGAUCGCCCGUAAGAAGUCGAAGCGAGGACUGCAUUGGUACAAUUUGUACCGAUCUCUGAUGCUGUGGAAGCAAUUACAAUAUGCUUCAGAAGAACGAGACGAGUUUGCAACUGCAACAUUCUCUGCUCAAGAGAUUCGCAACUUCGAACUACUAGGGGACGGCAUCCUGGGGGUUCUCAAAAAAGGAUCUAUUGUCUAUUACGAUAUCGAAACUCUAGCGUUAUCACGCCAUAAGCCCAUCAUUGGUGACUACUGCAAGUACACUGAAAACGAGAAUGUAGUUGUAAUAUUAAGCUACGAUCUACAAUUGUUCAUCAUUCGAAAACGUAAUACAUUCAAGCAUUUCCCCGAAGAAGUUCAUACUACUUUUGAAAGUAUAAAGUUGUUUGUUCUAGUUGCGCAUGAAUUGUUCUUCGUAAAUGUUAAUGAUGAAAUAUUCCGUUGUGACUUGCGCUGCAUAGAGUUAACAGCAGAUUUUUUGGUACAAACAGACAAAGCAUACGAUGGAAUCUUGUCAAUUGGUUACAGCCAUGGAAAUCUCAACAUUCUUACUUUCCAACGCAACAUAUAUAUUGUUUUGAGGGAAGAUCUAUUAUUGCAAUGUACUCUUGAUACUACCUCCAAUUUACUUCACGAACUGCAUUACUAUAAUUUUUUGGAACAUCUGGAUUGGCGAAUAUACUUUCAAUGGAUGUAUACGAUGAACCAUGUAGUUCCUGAUGGUCCCUUAAGAGAUAUUGUUUUUAUCAGAUCAUAUGGCGAUGUCUAUUUUGUUGGUUGCAACUGGGGAAUAUUACGCAUAUACUAUGCUCCGUAUAAUAAGGGCCAAAUGGACCUUUUCAACAAAAAGCCAAUAAAACAGUACAACUUCAUGGAGAGAUCACUGUGUCCAGUUCUGUGCACUUGCCCCGUCCUACAAGUUGAUGUCGUAGAAGGCAAUGAUAUGCAUAUGGUUAUUGUUGCUAUGCCCAGCAAGAUUGUAGUGCUUAAAUUUAUGCACACUUUUGAGACUGAACAUUGCAUAUCUGAAGAAAUACCUCCACAGUCACUGGAAGCUUCUUCAAACUAAAUGCUAUAAUCAUUGCAUUGCAGAUUAUUUGCAUGAGCAGUCUAGCUCAACUAUACAUUUCAUAUUCAUAAACACAAAUUUACAAAAAAAUCUUUUCUCAUGCAUUAUAAUGAUUAUGUAGGAAGUGAAUAUUAUAGAUUUCAUAAGUGUCCUCUGUAUGUUUAUUGUAAAACAUAUUCAGUAUUAUUGUAAUAGCAGCCUAAUGAUUACAUAUUUAAGUAGUUUUGUGCAAUAAUUGCAAGAUAUUUACUUAAGCAUAAAUUUUAAUGUUUGUGAAUUGGAGACAAAAGACUUGUAGUAGGGCAGUUAUAACUGCUGGUUGGUGUUACUCUAUGUCUAUAUACUUAGGUGUAAGAAUUCAGGAUAAAACAUAAAAUGUGUCACUUUUUACUUCAGAAAUAUUUAGUUUGAGAUUUAUUCUAUAUUAUCUGAAAUUAUAAUAUUUGGUUUAUGAAAAAAAUUAGAUAGGUUGACCAAUUAGGUAAACAAUCAAAUUUGGAGGAUUUAAAAAUUAUUCUGAGCUUUAAAUGCCAUAAUAUGGCCCUUUUAUCAAUUAGUAGGUAAUAUCAAAUAACUGGUAGGUACGUAAGAUUAAAAAGAUUGGUCUGUGGAAUUAUAUGAAAGAGUGCCGUGGCUUAAGAAGGAACAUGAUGUGAUUAUUAAGAGUCUGACACUCCGUCAUGCUGCACACAGCAGGAGGGGUCAUUAGAAAAAUUCACUGGUUUAUAAAUAUUAAAUUAAUUUAAUUAAAUUCAAUUUAAUUAAAUCAGCUUUUCCUUUAUCAUUUGUAUGCAAUAUUUUAUAAUAGGUAGAAAAACAAUAUAUUUACCAGCUUGCCUUAAUUGGCUGUCUGGAGCAGACUUUGCUUGACUUGCCUUAAUUGGCCGGUCACGAAGUGAUUCUUUAAAAUUUAGAACUAUACUGUGC